AGUUAGAACCACAUGUGACUACAGUGAUCCGUGCAACAAAAUAAAUAUCUUUCUUAAUCACGGAAAAGUAAGAGGUAUCGUGUAAUUAUUUCAUUAUAAUACAGUAUAGGCGGGUUCGUUGAGCCCUAUUUUCCGUUUGGAGAUAAAGAAAGAAAUAUUAGUUCGAUUAUUAAAAAGAAAUGAAAUUGUAAUUCUACGAAUUAUGUGUCUAAAGGCUACUCAAACUUACAUUAUGAUAGUAUGGGUGCUAGUCCUUGGUAUUGCGGCGGGUGGGUAUUUGAUGCUGAGGGUGUACUGGCGCCGUGCUGCCCAACAUUGCUCCAAGCUGCCGUCUCUGCCUCGACUGCCGCUUCUCGGAAACCUGCAUCUACUCUCAGGAGAUGGACGUGUACUAUUUUGGCUGCUAGUCAAGUCUUCGAAGAUGAGCGAGGAGUCGUCACAACCCUUUGUGUUUUGGAUUGGACCUUGUCCAAUUAUAAUGACAAUAGACCCUGAUGACGUUAGAGCGAUAACCAGUAAUUUCAUUGAGAAGACGUUCUUUUAUAGUUUCGGACGAAUAUGGCUCGGAGAUGGUUUGGUAACGGCGCCAGCACCCGUAUGGAAGCACAGUAUAAAAAAGUUGGGCGGUACAUUCACGACUAGUAUCGUGGAGGGCUAUCAGGAUGUGUUCAACGCGCAGGCUGACAAACUAGUGGGGAGACUGAAGGCGUGUGUAGACAAGGAACCGUUUGAUGUGAUGCAUGAUUUGGCGUACACCACAUUAGAAGCUAUUUGUCAGACCGCUCUGGGCGUAGACCGCAUAUCAGAAAGCAUAGUGACGGAAGAGUAUUACAACGCGUUCAACCGAUGUCUGGAGCUCUUCAUCAAUCGAGGGUUGAACAUCUUCUUCUACCCUGACUUUAUCUACCAAUUCACUCCUGCUUACAAAGAGCUGGUGAAAUGCGUCACCGUUAUUCACAAUGUCUCUGGCACUAUCGUCAAGAAAAGAAGACAAGAGCGAGAAGAAAUUAAUUAUGGCAUUUUAAAAGAAAAUGAAGGACGUCGAUUCAAAGCGUUUUUAGAUAUCUUGAUGGAACUUCACGAGUCAGACCCGACGUUUACGGAGCAACAGAUCCGAGCUGAAGUGGACACGAUAAUCGUAGGUGGACAGGAAACUGUUGCUACCACGUUAUUUUACACGUUAUUAAUGUUGGGCUGUAAGAAGGAUGUGCAGGAGAAAUUAUAUGCAGAAAUGAAAGAAAUAUACGGCGAGGGUAAACCAGCAGUGAGGAAAGAGGACUUGCCCCGAAUGCAGUAUUGUGAGGCAGUACUCUUAGAGACACUGCGUCUUUUUCCUCCCAUACCGGUGGUGAUGCGAUAUGCUGACAAGGAUUUGCAACUAAAAUCGUGUCGUGUAGUGUCAAAAACAGCGUGUGCCAUUAACGCGUGGGGGGCUGGCCGGUCGCAAAGGGCUUGGGGUCCUGAUGCUGCCGAGUUCAAGCCAGAGCGUUGGCUAACUGGCGAGCUACCGCCAGGAUACCCGGGGUCCUUCCUCGCCUUCAGCAGUGGGAGGAGAGCUUGCAUAGGUAAAAAAAUACGCAAUGGCCAUAAUGAAGACGCUGUUAACAUAUUGCGUGAGGGAGUUUGAAUUUGUAUCGGAGGCGGAGCAUAUGGAAAUGAAGGUAGACAUAGCUCUCCGAGCCAUUUCCGGACACCUCAUACAAGUUAGGGCACGAUAAUAUCGAGUAUAGCCCAUCGUGGUGCAAGCGGGAAAUGUUAUUAGCAGUUCUAUAUAAUUUUCUAUAUUGUCACACGAUUGAUUUUAAUAAUAAACUUGUAUGUAUCUACAAUAUAAUAUAAUCAGUGAUCUUAUGUAUACAUAAUAUUAGUGUUAUUAUUAUUUAUUAUACAAAGAUUUAUCUGACAAUUGUUACGUAUGUUAAGUUACUUAGAUAUUUAUUUUAGAUAAUGUUGAAAAUUCAGUGACUUCCUAAUACAUAUAGUUAAUAAGUGAUAUCAA